UAUAAAUUAAAAAAAAAAUUAUAAAUUUCAAAAUAAAUCAUUUUAUUAAUAUUUAUAUACAGUAUCUUUUUUUAAAAUAAAUAAACUAAUAAAUAAAAUGUCAUCAAUUAAUAUUAAAACUACAAUUAAAAAAGGAAAUGUUGAAAUUCCACAAUUUGGUUUAGGCACCUAUUUAGUAGAUCCAAAAGAUAUUGAAUCAUCCGUUAGAGCUGCAGUCAAUAAUGGCUAUAUUCAUAUUGAUACAGCAUCAUAUUAUAAAAAUGAACAAGCCAUCGGUGAUGUUUUAAAAGCAAUCUUUAAAGAAGGUAAAAUUAAAAGAGAAGAUAUUUUCAUCACCACCAAAUGUGGUUGUAUCGAGCACGGUAAAGAGGAAUCAAGAAGAGCUUUUGAACGUUCACUUAGCAAAUUACAAUUAGAAUAUAUUGAUCUUUAUUUAGUCCAUUAUCCAGGAAUGUUAGCUGCAAUUCCAAAAGGUGAGACAUCAUCAAGUUUAAGAAAACAAACAUGGGAAACUUUCGAAGAAUUAUAUAAUGAAAAAAAGAUUCGUAGUAUUGGUGUUUCAAACUACACUAUUAGACAUUUAGAAGAGUUAUUUGCACAUGCUAAAAUUAGACCAGUUGUAAAUCAAGUUGAAUUCCACCCAUUAUUAAAUCAAGUUGAAUUAUUAAACUUUUGCAAUAAAAACGAUAUCAUUUUAGAAGCCUAUGGUUCAUUAGGAGGUGGUGAAUUAGUUGAUCAUCCAACUAUUGUAAACAUUGCCAAACAAGUAAAUAAAACAACCUCACAAGUUUUAUUAAGAUGGGCAAUUCAAAAGAAUUUAAUGAUCAUUCCAAAAUCAACCAAAGAGGAAAGAAUCAAAGAAAAUGCAAAUAUUUUCGAUUUCGAACUCUCAUCAGCCCACAUUACCCAAUUAGAUAGUUUAAAUAAAAACAAAAGAUUUUAUUGGAAUCCAGAAGAUGUUCAAUAAAAUAUCCAUUUAUACAUUAUAAAUAUAUUAUCUU